GAUUCGAGCUCUCCCAAUACCCAAAACCGAUCUACCAUCCAAUUCUUAAUAUCUUCCCAAACGCGCCCCGUACUGAGCGCCCAACCCACGUCGACAAUCCGUCAGCCCGGCGCAGAGCUUAUCUGCCGCAAUCGCAGCGCCAAUGGCGGAACCCACGUCUACCGGCGCUCCUGCGCUGUCGACGAAUAUUGAGAGCGGAAAUUUUGACGAGAAGGCCCAACACGACGUGCCCCCCGCCAAGGUGCCCGUCGAGGAGGAGGAGGAGGAUGAGGACAUUGACGCCCUCAUCGAUGACCUCGAGAGUCACGAUGGCCAUGACCAGUUUGAGGAGGAGGAAGAUGUCACUCCCGGCGGCGCCCGCGUCGUCCCCGAGGACAUGCUCCAGACUGACACGCGUGUCGGUCUCACAAACGAGGAGGUCCUCCAGCGUCGUCGGAAAUAUGGUCUCAACCAGAUGAAGGAGGAGAAGGAAAACCUCCUUCUCAAGUUCCUUGGUUUCUUCGUCGGCCCUAUCCAGUUCGUCAUGGAGGCCGCUGCUGUCUUGGCUGCUGGUCUCGAGGACUGGGUCGAUUUCGGUGUCAUCUGCGGUCUGUUGCUUCUCAACGCCGCUGUCGGUUUCAUCCAGGAGUACCAGGCUGGCUCCAUCGUUGACGAGCUGAAGAAGACUCUCGCUCUUAAGGCUGUUGUUCUCCGUGACGGUACCCUGAAGGAGGUCGAGGCCCCCGAGGUCGUCCCCGGCGAUAUUCUGCAGGUUGAAGAGGGUACCAUCAUUCCCGCCGAUGGCCGCAUCGUUACCGAUGGUGCCUUCCUUCAGGUCGACCAGUCUGCCAUCACUGGCGAGUCGCUCGCUGUCGACAAGCACAAGAAUGACCAGUGCUAUGCCUCCUCGGCUGUCAAGCGUGGCGAGGCCUUCCUGGUCGUCACUGCCACUGGUGACAACACCUUCGUCGGUCGCGCGGCUGCCCUCGUGAACGCUGCUAGCGCUGGCACUGGUCACUUCACCGAAGUGCUCAACGGCAUUGGUACCAUCCUGCUGGUUCUCGUCAUCCUCACCAACCUGGUUGUCUGGGUUGCCAGCUUCUACCGGUCCAACCCCAUCGUCCUCAUUCUCGAGUUCACCCUGGCCAUCACCAUCGUUGGUGUGCCCGUCGGUCUCCCUGCCGUCGUCACCACCACCAUGGCUGUCGGUGCCGCCUACCUCGCCAAGAAGAAGGCUAUCGUCCAGAAGCUCUCGGCCAUCGAGUCUCUGGCUGGUGUCGAGAUUCUGUGCUCUGACAAGACGGGUACCCUGACCAAGAACAAGCUCUCUCUGUCGGAGCCCUACACCGUCGCCGGUGUUGACCCCGAGGACCUCAUGCUUACUGCCUGCUUGGCUGCCUCGCGCAAGAAGAAGGGCAUGGAUGCCAUCGAUAAGGCUUUUCUCAAGAGCUUGAAGUACUAUCCCCGCGCCAAGGGUGUCCUCAGCAAGUACAAGGUUCUCGAGUUCCACCCCUUCGACCCUGUCUCCAAGAAGGUCACGGCCGUCGUCGAGUCUCCCCAGGGCGAGCGCAUUGUCUGCGUCAAGGGUGCCCCUCUGUUCGUUCUCAAGACCGUCGAGGAGGACCACCCCAUUCCGGAGGAGGUUGACCAGGCCUACAAGAACAAGGUCGCCGAGUUCGCCACCCGUGGUUUCCGCUCUCUCGGUGUUGCCCGCAAGCGUGGCGAGGGCUCUUGGGAGAUCCUCGGUAUCAUGCCUUGCUCGGACCCCCCGCGUCACGAUACCGCUCGCACCAUCAACGAGGCCAAGUCGCUCGGUCUGUCCAUCAAGAUGCUUACUGGUGAUGCCGUCGGUAUCGCUAGGGAGACUUCUCGCCAGCUCGGUCUCGGCACCAACGUCUACAACGCUGAGCGCCUUGGUCUCGGUGGCGGUGGUGACAUGCCCGGCUCUGAGGUGUACGACUUCGUCGAGGCUGCCGAUGGUUUCGCCGAGGUGUUCCCCCAGCACAAGUACAACGUCGUCGAGAUCCUGCAGCAGCGUGGCUACCUCGUUGCCAUGACUGGUGAUGGUGUCAACGACGCUCCCUCGCUCAAGAAGGCCGAUACUGGUAUUGCCGUCGAGGGUGCCUCGGACGCUGCCCGCUCUGCUGCUGAUAUCGUCUUCCUUGCCCCCGGUCUCGGUGCCAUCAUUGAUGCGCUCAAGACGUCUCGCCAGAUUUUCCACCGCAUGUACGCCUACGUCGUCUACCGUAUCGCCCUCUCGAUCCAUCUGGAGAUCUACCUUGGUCUCUGGAUUGCCAUCCUGAACCGCAGCCUGAACAUCAACCUGGUCGUCUUCAUUGCCAUCUUCGCCGAUGUCGCCACUCUGGCCAUCGCCUACGACAACGCCCCGUACAGCAAGACCCCCGUCAAGUGGAACCUGCCCAAGCUCUGGGGUAUGUCGGUGCUGCUCGGUAUUGUCCUGGCCAUCGGUACCUGGAUUACUGUCACGACCAUGUACGCGCACGGUCCGAACGGCGGUAUCGUCCAGAACUUCGGUAACAUGGACGAGGUCGUGUUCCUCCAGAUCUCGCUUACUGAGAACUGGCUGAUCUUCAUCACUCGUGCCAACGGUCCCUUCUGGUCCUCGAUUCCUUCGUGGCAGCUGGCCGGUGCCGUCCUGGUCGUCGACAUCAUCGCCACCCUCUUCACCAUCUUUGGUUGGUUCGAGAACAGCGACACGUCCAUUGUCGCCGUCGUCCGUGUCUGGGUCUUCUCGUUCGGUAUCUUCUGCGUCAUGGGUGGUCUCUACUACAUGUUGCAGGACAGCGUCGGCUUUGACAACCUCAUGCACGGCAAGUCGCCCAAGGGCAGCCAGAAGCAGCGCUCUCUGGAGGACUUCGUCGUCUCUCUCCAGCGUGUGUCGACCCAGCACGAGAAGUCGCAGUAGGCGGCGCGUGCGUGGGCGGUGCCUGGCGUGGCGUCUUGAAACACACGGGGCACCUACUACCUGUUUGCCCUA